UCUUUGGUUGUCCGGGCGCACGUGCGUCGCCAUGCUGUGCUUGUGCGGUCGGGCCCGUGGUGUGGUGCCUCGGCUCCCGGGAGGAAUAUCCCUCUGGCUGAGGCCUGGCGCUGCGGCAGAGUUCACCGUCCACCGGGGACGCGCCCAGUCAGUAGCACCCCUCGGCACCGCCUCUUCGCUCCGCUUCCGCACCACCAGGGCUGAGCCCAAGGGAUCUGAGCCUGACCCGGACUCCGACUCCGCUUCCUUGCCGGUCACCGUAACGCAAAUCCGCCAGUACCUCCGAGCCAAGGGCGUCCCCUUCCACGACGGCUACAGCUGCCUCCACGUCCCCAGCCUCUUCGCCGGCAAGGCCUUGGACUCGGUCAAGGCUGAGAAGGACACCUUCACCCUCUUCGUUGACAAGACCACCGGCCAAUUCCUCUGCAAAGACACCCUGCUGGAAGGCAGCUGGGAGGACUUCCAGGAUUGCCUGGAGGUGAUGCAGAAGGAAGGGCGGCAGAACCUGGGCCCCGACGUCCUGCUAAAGGUGCCUGAGAGCAACUGGGAGCUCCGCAAGCAGGAGAUGGACCUGAGGGAGGUGCAGCAGAUCUGGAGCCAAUCCUCCGCCUUCGCCACUAUGGAGGACGAGGAGACCCAGCUGGUCAAGGCCGCGUUCGGCAUCUCAAAGGUCAACAACCAGACGCUGAAGAACCUCUGCGUCAAGUACUUCAAGCCGGCCAGGAGUUUGGUGUUCCCGUGGUUUAGCUGGAGGGACUCAAGCCUGAGAGGGUUGAAGCUGAUCUCGGCAGAACAAGAUGGCCACCGGGUCGACUACGUGGCGGCCAUCUUGCCGAAGGCUGGGAAUUACUACGACCUCUUCGGGUUGCAUCUGUUGACGCGGAAGGACACCAUGCUGGUCCUGACCAGCAAUGAGACCGACUGCCUAGCGGUUGUCAGCGCCACCGGCCUGCCCUGCGUCUCCUUGCCUCGCGGAGUGAGCUGCCUGCCCCCUGCCCUUCUGCCCUACCUGGAGCAGUUCCGCAAGGUGGUCCUGUGGCUGGGUAGCGACUUGCUGUCCUGGGAGGCCUCCAAGCUCUUCGCCCGAAAGCUCAAUGUCAAGCGCUGCCACCUGGUGCGCCCGGGCGAGGGGCAGCCCUGCCCCCUCGAAGCCCUGGCCGGCGGGCUCAACCUGGGCAAGAUCGUGAAGGCCGCGGUCCCUGCCGGACACAAGUCCAUCAUCUCCUUCCGGCAGCUCCGGGACGACGUGUUCGGGGAACUCGCCAACGCCGAGCAAGUCUCCGGCAUCAAGUGGCGCCGGUUCCCCGAUCUCAACAAGCUACUCAAAGGACACCGCAAGGGCGAGCUGACCGUGUUCACAGGUCCGACGGGCAGCGGGAAGACGACCUUCAUCAGCGAGUGCACGCUGGACCUGUGUAUGCAGGGGGUGAACACCCUGUGGGGCAGCUUUGAGAUCAGCAACGUGAGGCUGGCCAAGAUCAUGCUGACUCAGUUUGCCAUGCAGCGGCUGGAUGACCAGCUGGACAGCUACGACCAGUGGGCGGACAAGUUCGAGAGCCUGCCCCUGUUCUUCAUGACCUUCCACGGACAACAGAGCAUCAAGUCCGUCAUUGAUACAAUGCAGCACGCUGUCUACAUGUACGAUAUCACCCACGUCGUUAUCGAUAACCUACAGUUCAUGAUGGGCCACGAGUACUUCUCCAUUGACAAGUUCUCCGCGCAGGAUUACAGCAUUGGAAUGUUCCGGAAGUUUGCCACGGAUAACGGCUGCCACGUGACCCUGGUCAUCCACCCGAGGAAGCAGGAAGAUGACAAGGAUCUGCAAACGGCUUCCAUCUUUGGAACGGCCAAGGCUAGCCAAGAGGCAGACAACGUGCUGAUCCUACAGGACCGGAAGCUAGUCUCGGGACAGGGGAAACGUUCCCUGCAGGUGGCAAAGAACCGCUUCGACGGAGACCUGGGCAUCUUCCCGCUGGAGUUCAAGAAGGCCUCGCUGACCUUCUCCGCCGUCAAGAGCAGAGCCAAGCUGAAGAAGGUGGAGGAAGAGGCGGAGGGAGGCGAUGUCGCCAUCGUGAUGAAGCCUGGCAGAUCUGCCAAGCUCAAGGAGAAAAAGUGAGCCCUUCUCCCCCCUGGGAGAUGGCACUGUGUGCCGGGCACCUGCUUACCGGCGAUGGGGAAGGGUCUCGGCCGCUAUGGUGGCACCAGUCACACGGACCCACCGAGCUUUCCAUGCAAGACAGGAUCUUGUACUCAACGUUGGAGACUAAGACUAGUCAUCGACCAGCGAUGGUGGAAAAGAUAGAACUUUCAAAGCAAAUGGAAGCAUGAACGGUUUAACAAAGGCAGCUAUUACUCACCAGCCUCAACUCACGUGUGUGGGUUUCGACUGUAGACUUGUGCAGACCACCCCCUCCCCAAACUCUGGAGGUGAAGCCAUUUGUUAUUUUCUGCUGGGUGCAUAGAGCAUAAAACAAUACAAUACGGCACAGGAACAGGCCCUUUGGCCCACGAUGUCUGUGCCAGACACGAUGACAAUUUGUUUUAUGGACCAUGCAUAGAGCAUAGAACAGUGCAACACAGAACAGGCCCUUCGGCCCACGAUGUCUGUGUCGAACACUUCUGGCCGCUGGAGGACUGGAAUGGACACGGAUCAACAGGAUUGAGCUGAGGGCUAAUUGCUUCAUUCGGAAUCAUAUUUGAAAAAAAUACUCUUGAGUCCAAAUCUGUAAAAAAAACAAAACACUGAUCAUGUUAAAAGUCUGAAAUUAAGGGAAUAUGGAAAAUGCUGCUAUUUUACAAUUCUGUGUCACUCCUUAUUAUAGAUUAUUGUAUCUGUUGAAGAUCCUGUAUACUGGACUUGUUCAAGCAAGUAUUUUUAACGAUUGGAUAUUUGGAGCCCAUGCAUUUCUAAUGUUAUAUUUUGUUAUAAAGCUGAAAGUAAUCCAACUGAA